UUAAAAGUGUCAGUGAAAAGGAAUAAUUGGAAGUAUUGUUGCUUAAAAGAUAGGGAUAAUUUUAUUCUGGUUGAAAUCAUAUCUCUUCUCCGAAUACGACGUACACGCUCCCUCUUAUAAUAUUUGGUAAAUUGAAGUUAACUUCAUCGAUCUGUUAACUAGUGUUAGAGUUAUUGCUGCAAAUUUCUUGAAUAUUUCUUCUUUCAUCAUAAACGUCUGAAAAAGCUGAUCUCAAGGCCAGCUGGAUUUUUUGUCUAGUCUACUCCCUUCCCCCUUUCAAAUGGCUGGUCUAAAGACUGGGGGUUAAAGAACCGUUAUCCUAUAUGAAAUACAAAGUGAAAGUUACUUUUCGAAGCGGCUGCCAAACUAGCAGGAGCUCAACUAACUAGUGUAAUCCACCUGCACGACUGGCAGGAAAAAAACAGACCGACUGCAGGAAUCGAGAAUCGACUUGAAUGGAUCUUGUUCAUGAAUUAACUAUCAGAAAUGUUUCCCUUCGGUUUCACAAGGAUCUUCAAAUCCUGAAAGGACUCUUAGAAUCCUCUGUUGCUUCUUGAUUCUGAUACAUUAUGGAAAAGAUGAACGGAAUCAAUGGAAUAAUUACACCAGAUGAAGACAUUAAAGAUACAAAUGGAAUCAUUAUAUGUGGCGAAGAGAGGGAAAAAAUUCAACAACUUCGAGAAAGAGUCUCAAACAUCCUUGAGCCUGAAAAAAAUGAAAAUGACUUGUAUCUUAGAAAAUGGUUAAUAGCUCGAAAUUUUGAUGUGGAGAAGGCAGAAGAAAUGCUAAAAAAGCAUGUUCGAUUCAUGAAAGUGAAUGGUUUGGAUAAGAUUGAUGAAAACUACAUUCCACCUGAAGUUUCCAAAUACUUUCUUACAAGAAUGCUUGGGUAUGAUAAUGAAGGAUCAAUAGUACGAAUUUUGCACUUAGGUGGAAGCGAUAUAAAAGGACUUGCUUUAUCUAUGACAAAACUGGAUUCAAUUAAAGUUGCCGCGUAUACAAUUAAAAGUGACCUGUUAAGACAAAAGCAGGAAAGAGUAAAUGGCUUACCUUCCUGUGAUAAACAAGUGUAUAUUCUCGAUCUCCAAGGCCUGAGCUGGAAAUCUGUGAUACAUACAACAGUUGUAGAACGAGCAUUUAUGUUGCUGAAAACUUACGAAGCAAAUUAUCCAGAAAGCUUAAAAGUCGCUUACCUAGUAAACGCGCCAUCCUUUUUCAGUUUUAUCUAUAACUGGUUGAAAUCAUUUUUACCUGAAAGUAUUUUGUCAAAAGUGGAAAUCCUUUCCCCAGGUGAAGUACCAGCAGCGCUAACAAAGAAAAUUGAUCCAUCUAUCUUACCAGCAUGCCUUGGAGGUACAAAAGUAGACCCAGAUGGAAAUCCUGAAUGUCCCUCGCUGUACGAGAAGCCAAUGGGUGCAACAAUUCCUGAAAAUAUGAUGCUCACAAAUCAGUUUCAUGUUCUUAAGGAAGAUAAGUCAGCAAAGAAAACCAUUGUUGAAAACAGAUCAGCUUUUAGAAUAGAACAUUUAAUUACCGAGCCUAAUUCUAUUUUGAAGUGGGAUUUUCAAACAACGCAAUAUGAUAUACGAUUAGGAUUGAACUAUAAGCCAGACAAGGCUUCCGAAUUUGAAGAAAUUAUCCCUCUCCACAGAGUAGAGAGCCACAGAAUUCCAGAAUCUGGAAGCUUUUCCUGUCAAAAUGCAGGAAUAUAUGAAAUAGUAUUUGAUAAUACUUACAGCUGGAUAAAUAAAAAGGAACUCAUCUAUAAAAUAGCAGUAUCAUUACCAGAGAAAAAUUCAAAUAACUGAUUUGAAUUUCAACUGAUUCUCUAUUUUACAGCAUGUUAUACAUUUUUGAAAACAGACUUAUUAAUCAGGUUUUACUUGGGCAAUAUAUCUGUAUAUAAAGUAUAUAUUAAUAUAUAUAUAUAUAAAACUGAUACUAUAUGUAUAACAGUUCUUUGUUUUUAAUUAGUUAUAUUUGUAAAUAAAGUUUUAUAACU